UUCAGUUUUAUUGCAUGUAUGCCUUAUAAAUACACUUUUCUUCCACAUUAAAUGCCAAUUUCGACCUAGAAGAAUAUAAGAUUCAAGGCCACUUGGAUUUGGUGUCUAUUCUGCAACGUUGACUGGACUAAAUAUCCAUAAUUACUACAAAGCACGAAGAAGCCAAAGACAAGAGAUCAAUAGAUUAGUACAAACGCACCAACAGUCGACUAAAGUUUGGAUACUGAAGGUCGGCGGUGUUUUCAAGUAUCAUGUCUUCUUUGGUGGAGAAACUGAGUACGCUGAGGACUAUAAUCCGUCAAAAUGGAGGAAUAAAAGGCUCGUUCUUACAGCUAUUCAGAACUGAUGAGUUGAAAUGGGGGACCUUAGUCGGGACGGAUAAGUUUGGAAACAAAUACUAUGAAAAUAACAAAUACUUUGUGGGGAGAAACAGAUGGGUUGUGUAUUCUAAUCGUUUUGGUUGGGAUUACGAGGGGUCACAAGUUCCGCCAGAAUGGCAUCGUUGGUUGCAUUAUAUGACGGAUGAGAAUCCUGUAUCACACCCACCAACCAAACCCAAGUGGGCGGCUGAACAUUCAGAAAACCUGACUUUGGAUCCCUCUAAAAAGUACGUCCCGUAUUCGACUACUCGUCCGAAAGUGGAGCCGUGGCAGCCGCCAAAGUAACAGGACAAAGUGGAAUAACUGUGUAGUUCCACCCUCCGUGUAUACUUAAACCUAAUUUCCAAGUUAAGUCCUUUGGGACAAAUUUCUGUGAAUAUGAAACACUAGAAUUUCACUGCACAUUCUUGCCAGUUUGUUUAUUUCACCACUAGUCUUUGCACUAGAAUUCACGUAGUGUUCUACUGUAUAGUCUGUUAGUAUCUUUGAUUUUAGAUGAAAGUUUUUCAUACCAAAUUAAUAAGCAAAAUAAAUAACAACAGACGUUACCCUUCA